GACUACAUCCAAAGUAUACCACGUAUGUUGUCUACAUCGAGUCAAUGCGCAUGUCAAGUUGAAAAUUGCAAAUGGCGGCCGUUGUUAUUGUUCGUACCGAAUAACUAUUUGUAAAAUAUAUACCAAUCUUUUUAGCGAUUUUACUACUGGACUGUUAUACUGAUGAGAUGCGUUAACUUCUUAUGAUUCGGCGUGAUACGUUUUGUGUACGAUUUUAUGUGUUUUGGGUGUUUUCUUUUAAUUCUAUGUGUGUCAUGCAAAUGGGGUAAGCUGGAAUUAUCGGAUGUCGCUUAGGUUGUUUUGGACAGUUUCAAUGGGAAAAUGGAGUGAAGUUUUGUGAUCUAAAGUGUGGAAAUGGAAAAUGCCUAAACAUAUUUGUACAUCGCGACAUCAUUGAAUAUCGGCAGAGGACGAGAACGUCUAUAAAUUACGAUUGUUCCAUGCCGUGAUUGCACUCCCCGUACAUUUCAAAAUGGCUGCUGCUCUUCACGAUAUAUGAGCUUUGCGUCACUGGAACAUAAAUCAGUGGUUUAGAUUCGUGUUGAAAAUCGCGUAUUUGUACGCUCGUGACUAUAUGUGAAAAAUUUAAAAUAAGUUGUGGACAGUGCCCCGGGAAUACCUGGGGCGGAACAAUAGUGGCUAAUAUCAUAUGUUGCUGAAGUAGUGGACAGGACAAGUGCCCAUAGGACCGAUAUUGCCUUGCGUCCGGCGGAUUGUAAUGUUCAGCUUCAUUUUCCAAGAUGGUUUGGGACACGAGACAAUAGAAAUUUUGUGUUAUUGAGCGGAAUGUGACAUUGUAUGAUAGCAUGGCAGCGGACAGCGAUGGGCUAGGCUCGGCGGGUGGGGGCGGGGGCGGGGGCUCGUGCGGCGUGGUGGUCACCUGCGAGGGAGACUUGCGCGACCCGCGCUUCCCCGCGCGCCUGCGCCGCCUGCUGCGAGAGCUGCGCGCGCUGCUCGCCGAGCCGCAUCCGCACACGCUCAAAGUUAAUAAGGUGGAACCUUGGAACUCUGUGCGCGUGACGCUGUCGGUGCCGCGUGCGGCUGCGGCGCGGCUGCGGGCGCUAGCGGCGGCCGGCGCGCCGCAGCUGCGUGCGCUCGGCAUACUCUCGGUGCAGCUGGACGGCGACGCUGCGGUCUCACUGCGGUUGCAGCACGGCGCCGAGCUCAGGAUCAACACCGAUAACACCGAUGAAGGCAACUCGUCAAGGCAAGCAAAUUCUGAGUUGCUGGCGGGUCUGGGGGGCAUCGGGCGACUGCUCGGGGAGGGGGAGGGCUCGUCAUCAUCGGAGACCCCCUCCUCCUCGGCCUCCACCCCCCGGGACAACUUCAAGUCGCCUAACACCGUCUGUCCGAUGGAUGGCAAGAUACCGCAAAACAUUCCCACGCCGACCACCGACCGCUGCGAGUUCCCCUUCGGCAGCAUGACCCAAGCUAGGGUCAUACAUCGGAAGGAGAAUACCUUAGGUCUAAGCGGUCCCGGUGUCCGUCCAGCGGCGGCGCUCGCGGGCGCGGAGCAAUUCCCGCGCCCCUCAACCUCCGCGUUCCCCGGCCCGCCACCGCCCUACCCCGCACCCUCCCCUACGCCGGGGGCACAGCCCGCCUCCCCCGCCACGCCCGCGACCCCCACCACACCAAGCGCGCCUACCUCUGCGCCGCCCACUGUGGCCAUGUCCUCGCCCCUACUAGUAAACCUGCUGCAAAAUGAUGCUCCCGCACCGCAGCCCAGAACGAAGCCUGUGCAACAUCCGGCCAAACUAGAUCGUCUUGAAGACUCGCAGGUGGAGCUGGCAGUGGGUCGGCCGCCGUUUGAGUACCGCGGCGUGCGGCCCACAGUCCCGCGGCCGCAGACCACGCCUCCCCCACAGCCCGCGCUGCCGAGCCCCGCCCCGCCGCCGCCCCCGCCGCCCCGCGCGCCCCUCCGUCCCUCCUUCAUUCGACGAUCCUUCCCCCCUCGCCCCUCACACCAUCCCUCCCCGGUGUACCGCAGUCCGGCGCCAAACGCGACCGUGGUGGGUCGCGCCCGGUUUCCGACCAACUAUACGGCGGAACCAUUUCCUGCUCCGCCGCCGUACCGGCAAGGGGUCCAAGUGGCUGUUGUGCAGAGGCCGAGACCGCCCCCUCCCACGAGGGUCACGCCGGAAGAUCUGCAAGCGUUGUUACCACCGCCUACCACCUCUAUGGACCAGAAAACGCAGUCCAGUUUCCAGGAAUUUCAGAGGUAUCAGCAGCAGUAUAACGCGAGGCAGCGUGCGGCGUCGAGGGCGGCGUCACAGCCUGAUUGGAAUGAGCCUUAUCGGGACACGCUGGGCCUCUCCAUUCCCGAUCUGCCCGACAACUGCGAUCUGGACCAGCUCCUACCUUCCCUGGGGGCGGAUCUCAACCUAGACGAAACUGCUCUGUCGGCCAUCUCUGACCUGGACUCCAACACCAAGCUGGAUCUACUGUACGAUCCCCAACAACAAGAUGGUAUGCCAAACGCGACCGACUCCAACCCGGACGCGCUGCUCCAAGAGAUCACCGGUGGCCAGUACACGAGUACAAGUCUAAACGGACCUUACAACUCGGAGUUACUACCCAGUACAAGUCAUACAGUUGCCAAUGAUGUGCCUUCGAAAGUUUCGGAUAAUUUUGAAAGUGCUAAUGAGUCGAGUUUCAUGCCACCCCCGCCUGUUCCCCAGCAGUCGACGUCCAAGUUUUCAAGUCCACAUCAUAAUUCAUCCCCUAACCAUGCAUUGGCGAGUCCGAACCCGCCUUUUAAAUCUCCCCCAAAUGCCACUUACUCCAUGUCCCCCAAUAAUAUAAAUAAUGACAGAAACAAUGCAAGCCAGUCCUCUAUGCCUCCUCCUUUGAGACUGCCAGUGAGAGCGACAUCUUCAGUGUCCACAGCGACUGUCGGAUCACAAGCAACUGCCCAAGAAAUAGAAGAACAGAGCAAACAGUAUCUCAUCAAAACCUUAAUGAGAGAUGAUGAUGUUCCACCACCUAAAGAACAGGAAAAGAAGGUCGAAGAAGUGACGGUCGCUCAAUGUAAACUUAAAGAAAAUUCACUGGACUCGCCAGAGGUUUUUGGAAUAGCGAAAAUCACAGAAGAUGAUAGUAAAAAAGAGGAUGAAUUGAAAACAAAAAAUAAAAUUGUAAAGAACAAAGACGAUAAAUUGCUGGCGCAAAAAGGAGGGAAGCCAAGAACAGGAGGGGCGAAGGAGAAACCGGCUACGUUGAAAGAGAAAAUAGUGCGAGAUGGAAAGUCUGCCAAAGUUGCCUUACCGCGACCUCAUGUCGCAAAACCGGCGCCCGUUAGCGACGCACCCAAGUCGCCGACGGGCGAGAAGGUCGAUUCCUUUUCAUUAAAACUACGGUUAAAGUUAAAAGAUAAGAAUGAACCAGUUGUACAGCCAGUGUACAAGGCUGAUAUCAGUUUUGUUAACUUGCAAUCCCAGAAGGAAGCUCUAACGAAACCUACAGAGGGUGAAUUAAGAGUACCACCGCUACAUAUCAGUCUAAGAGGUCGCAAUUCAGCAGUUAUUAAAAACUCCAAGAAGGAGAAGAAAAAAUUUAAUCCUGGAGACAUGCAUAUGAAAAAGAUUAAAAUUAGAAAAUCAAUAGAAUCAGAUGAGAAGUCUCACAGGCGGGACUCUGAUGAGUCACUUGCGACUAAAUCUGGUGACAGCACUGAGAACACAAAGACUGAUGAGUAUUUACACGGCAAGAAUACAAAACUCAAUAACCACUAUUCCGAGGGUGAAACUAUCACAUCGAUUCCUGGUGACAUGAAUGUCGUGUACAGAAUGAAGACAAUAUCAAAAAAUGCUCAUAUAGUCACCAAACACGACUGCAAACAACUCAAUAAUAAAACACAAUUAGACAGUUUGAAAAUGAAAAAGAAAUCAAAGUUCUUAGGCGAGAGUGGUAAAGUGAUGGAGAAAGAAAGAGACAAAGAUUGUAGGAAUGAUUUGUUAGAAAAAGAAGGCAAGUACGCCCAGAACGAGGGUUACAGAGAGACUCCGAAUAACCAUGAGGUGAAAAAGAAGUUACCAACUCCAAAACAAGAUAAGGAAGGUAGUGCAAAAUGUGAUAAUAAGUCCAGUGAUGUUAUGUCUGUUACGGUACAGUUGGACGGGUACAAUGAAAGUGUUAAAUGUGGUGCUAGUGACGUGGACAGGGUCAAGUGUCACAAGAGUUUAGAACGGACGCUUAGUGCGGACGAACUGACGGACAGUAAAAAGUUCGAAACGCACAGGGCUAGUGAUGAUAAUAAAUUAAAACGGACACUAACUGAAAGUGCUAUUACCUCACCCAAUGGACUGAUAUCUUCCGAAAAGAAACGGAAGACUAGCCAUAGUUCCUGUCCAGAUCCCCCUGGAUCGACAAACGUAGGCACGAUCAGGGGCGGUCGGGUGGAGUCGCCCCCACCCGCCUCUAGUCAGCGCCCCGGGGCGGUCUCGCCUCGCAGGAAAGAGAGGCCAAAGGACAAAUCCUACUGCAAACUGGUCGCCGAGCGCGCCGCCCGCCCCGACGCUGACAAGUUCGGCAACCGCUCGCCCAACUCACAGGCGCAAGGGGAGGACUCUGGAAUCGAAUCGAUGGACGCCCUGUCGGAGAAGUCGCCCAACCAGGCCAGCCAAUCCCCACCAGGGCCGCAGAGGAAGGAGCGGCUCGAUAUGCCCCGAUCCACCAGCCCGACGUCGGUGCAGAGGAUAAUAGGCGUAAUAGACCCACCACCCGCCUCUGACGAACUGCUGGAGAGGUUGUCGUUAGCGACGGGCCAACCGCACUACGACCCCGGACCUCCCGACAUUGACGACUUGGGCGACAUCGAAGCGGAGUUGGCUAAAAUGCACGCGGACCACAUCAACGGCGACGACGCGGUGAGGAGGCCACCCGACGAUAUGUCACAGACCAAAGACGUGAAGAGGGAGCCCACACCGAUCCUCAGGGACGAUGAGAAGCAGGGCCAGAACAACGAGAGGGUCGAAAGCAAGGACGAGAAAGUGGAUAUGAAAGUGGAUGAUGUGAAACUCGAAUGCAAUAUUGCUCAAAAUAACGAAACGUGCAGCAAAGACGAGUGUUUAUCAACGAAAAAGGAGAAAGGUUUGGAGGACUUUGACCAUCUACCGAGCAGAAUGUCACCGCCUCUUUAUACGUAUUCCAACCAGGAGAAAGUCUGUGCGAACGAAGCGAAAGAUGAGAAGAUUUUGUCAGAGAAUGGCGAAACGUGUACGGAUUCCUCGAAAGAGAACGAUUCGAAGUUAGAAAGGUUACCUCUCAAAGCCGAUUUUCCGGAUAAGAGUUUACUAGAACAGUUGCUGAUAGAAAUUCCUACUCCAGACUAUGGCAACAAGAGACCGGAAUCUCCAUCACCUUCAGCGUUGGAACGGGUCGCCCGGAGCACGGUCCGGACGAGAUCGAGCAGUAAGAUGAACAGCCCGGCGGAUGGCCCGAAGACGCCGAGACUGAGUCCCGGACUCAACAAGGCGGACAGAUCCGAUUCACCCGCAUUACAGCCUAGGAAUUGCCUUCGUAGUGGGUCAGUAGAUAAAGUGAGCCCGCGCACUGUUAACUCUGUACCAACGCCGGCGAAACCUACACCCGGCAUGAAGAGAAAGAGAAGGGAAUCUGAAAGCUCGUGCGCGUCCACUAUUAGCUGUGAAGAGGGCUUGUCUCCGGCGGGGAGGCCGAAGAAAAAGCCGAGAAGACUCGACCAGAAGCCGAUCAAUGCGGCGGUCGCCGCUUGUGGCAAACUGAAGAAGGAAUCGGACAGUGAUAGUGAUGAACCUUUAAUAUGUAAAGUGAGGGGGAAAACGGGGAAAGGCCUGAAGCAGGUCGGCGUGAAGGUGGUGAAGACUGCUGAGGGCGUAGGCACGAGGCGCUCCGUGCGCCACGGUCCCGCGCCCCCCGCACCCGUCACGCCCGCGCCCGCCGCACCCGCAGCGCCGCCCAACAACACCGCCCUGCGACGGAAAACGAGGAGUGCAGUUGGCGAAAGUCCGAGCGCCGCAGCAGGCGCGGUGAGGCGGCGGCGCGCCUCCCGCGACGGGAAGUGA